AUGGCCAACGAGAGAAAAAGGAGAAGAAAGUCUCCAACCUGGCACCUUCACCUAACCUGGGAUGAAUUUCAGCGCCGAGUUGGCGUUGACAUAUACACCAUCUGCUCAGCCUUCAUGGAGGAGGGUCUGCUGGUCGAGAGAGAAGAAGGAGAUGAGGGCCACUUCUUCGGCUCGUGGCGGGUGCCCUCCGACUUCAUGGAAAGAUCAAGGCGGGACAUGGACAAGACAAAGGAGACAAGAGAGCCCGAAGAAGACGAGCCAGCUGACCCCCAGAACAUCGAAGAGGAAGAAGCAGCAGCUCCGGCCGACCAAGAGCCCCGGGCUAGGCCCUCCAGGAUCUGGAGAAAGAAGCGCGGCGGGAUCGCCCUCCUCCUGGACGAGAACGAACCGGCCGACAUCUUAGAGAGGAGGACGCGAGUAAGGUUUCUCCCGCAGAAGACUGAGACCAGUCCAACCAGCAUCAAGAAAACAGGCUUAAGUUAGUCAGUAUAUAGUUAUGUUAUUGUAUGCGGAACACCUUUUGUUAUCUUUUGUUUUUUGAAAGAGUUCGGCGGCCACAUCGAUUUUAACGAUGCUUUUAGUUAGAGAGUUGCGGACACAUUGAGUUUAACGAUGCUUUUAGUUAGAGAGUUGCGGACACAUCGAGUUUAACGAUGCUUUUAGUUAGAGAGAGUUGCGGACACAUCAAGUUUAACGAGGCUUUUAUUUAAAGAUUUCGUUUUUAUUUGUUUAGUAUUUUUUCUUUAUUUCUUUAUUUUGGUCUUUUUUUACUUUUUCU